AUGAACAGAAGGGGCUUCGGGAAGCAAGGGUUCCAGUGCCAAGUCUGCUGUUUUGUUGUGCACAAGCGGUGCCAUGAAUUUGUCACGUUCUCCUGCCCAGGCGCCGACAAGGGUCCAGCCUCUGAUGACCCCCGGAGCAAGCACAAGUUCAAGAUCCACACCUACUCCAGCCCCACCUUCUGUGACCACUGCGGGUCGCUGCUGUACGGACUCAUCCACCAGGGGAUGAAAUGUGACACCUGCAUGAUGAACGUCCACAAGCGCUGCGUGAUGGACGUCUCCAGCCUCUGCGGCACGGGACACACGGAGCGCCGCGGCCGCAUCUACAUCCGGGCGCACAUCGAGGGGCACGUCCCUCACCGUUCUCGGUAG